UUUAAACCGGGCAAUUAAGCUCAUCGCAUAGAAUAUCAAAAUUGGUGUAAACCUUUAGAUGAGAUUAGACUUAUUUCAAUAAACAUUUAAAGGUUCUACUUUGCAAUAGCUAACAUGAGUUCUAGUGAAGCAUUGAAGAAUAUCAAGAAUAAACAGAAAAGGCAAAAGCUUUUUGCUGACCUCAAGCAUGAAAAGAAUAAGGCUCGUCAUAAGUUGAGAAAUGAAAGAGCCAAGGAAGAACGUCUUAAUCCUGAAUUAAAGGAAGAACGUUUAGCAGCAAAUAUUCCAGAAACCAUUGAAUCUAAGCGUGUUUAUGACGAAACGAUCGCUACUGAAGUGGAAGGUGAAGAUGGGUUUGAUGCCUAUUUCUCCGAUGCUAAGGAACCAAAAAUCUUACUUACAACCAAUGCUAAUGCCCGUAAAGCUGCUUAUGAAUUUGCUGAUAUGCUUAUGGAAAUCCUUCCAAAUGUAAAAUUUGUGAAAAGAAAGAGAGAUUUCUCAAUGAAAGAUAUGGCCAAAUUUUGUGUUAAUAGAGAUUAUACUGAUUUGAUAGUUAUCAAUGAAGAUAAGAAGGCUGUUAAUGGGAUUACUUUUAUUCAUUUACCACAUGGUCCAACUUUUUACUUUUCUAUUUCAUCACUUACUGAUGCUAAACAAAUUGAAGGACAUGGAAGAGCUUCAGAUCAUAUUCCAGAAUUAGUCUUGAAUAACUUCAACACCCGUCUUGGUAAGACUGUAGGGAGACUUUUCCAAUCUCUCUUCCCACAUAGACCAGAAUUCCAAGGAAGACAAGUGGUGACUUUGCAUAAUCAAAGAGAUUACAUCUUUUUCAGAAGACAUAGAUAUAUUUUCCGUAAUGAAGAAAAAGUUGGGUUACAGGAACUUGGCCCACAAUUCACUUUAAAGUUGAGAAGAGUGCAAAAGGGUAUUAAGGAAGACGUAGAAUGGGAACAUAGACCAGACAUGGAACGUGACAAGAGAAAGUUCUACCUUUAGUUUUUUUAGGGGUAAAGUAUGUACAGUACAAACUAAUAAAAGAUGGCAUGAAAGAAAA